AUGUCUCUGGUAGACCCAGUUGUUCUAACGCAACAACAAAGCACUAGCUUAGCAACAAGCACAGUAACAACGGUGUGCGCAGCUCUCACAACAACGACUACAACCACGACUUCAGCAAUGACAGCGGUUUCACAACGCAGUUCACCCACACCUGCACAAACGGCAAUUUCGGCACUAGCCCAAGCCAAGCAACGCAGCUCAGCGCAAGUUGACCUACUUAAUCCAACAACCCGUACAUUGACUCAAACGGGUAUUGAUAGAAAAUUUGCUGUUAAAGUAUCUAAUUUCACUUCAGAAGACAUGUCGAUAACGGCUGGCGGUCCUCAAGGUAGUGUACUCGGGCCUACGCUGUAUAUCAUCUACACUUCAGAUAUUCCAACUAGCAAGGAUAUACUCACAUCCACCUUCGCUGAUGAUACCGCCUUAAUUGCGCAAAUUAGUGUCAGCAUUUAA